CCAUCGCCUCCUGGGCCUUCGGUAUAGAGUGUGACUCGCUGACCAAAGAAGCUGCCAUUUUUCCCACUAUGGCUACCAGGAUCUUCCAGCUCUCUCCCGUCAGGGCACUCAAGGUAAUAAUCUUGUUAAUGGCUCCCCGAGUGGCUGAAAUAGCCCAUAGCCUGGGGCUACAGUUCACCAGCUCAGAGUUCGAAUUCUUCAGGGAGGUAGCGACCCACACUAUCACCAGACGUCAGGAGACUGGACAGCGACGGGGGGACUUCCUAGACAUGCUCAUGGAAACCAAAAUCAAAGGAGAGACAAGUUUGUCAAACGACACUAUGGCUGCUCAGUCCAUACUCUUUCUGCUGGCUGGCUACGAGAACACAGCCAACACCCUGGCCAUGGCUCUGCACCUGCUAUCUCACCACCCACACGUCCAGGCCACACUCAGGAGGGAGGUGGCCCUGGCUCUACUUCAGAGCGACGGACAGGUGGAUCAUGACCGGCUGAUGACACUGCCUUACCUGGAUGCUGUGGUCAGUGAGGUGCUGAGACUCUACCCAGCAGCACCCAUCAUAGAGAGAAUCUGCACCAAGGAAUACAAGUGAGUCACUCAACUUAUUGGGAAACAGGGAAAACAUUAUUUUAAGCUCUAAUAAUUCAAGUUUUGGGGUUUUAAUUGAAUUAUAAAUGUCAGAAAUACGUUCCUGUGUCCAGGUUGCACGAAAGUACGUAGCGUUAGCUACUUGUCUAUUUAU